AUGUUUCGUCUUGAUCUGUCUUGCGCUUCUGCAUUUGCUUUGAGCCCAAAUUGUCUCCUCUUGAAUGGCCAUUUCAGACUCGAGUUCUUUCGUCUUGACUCUUGGGAGGACGACAGUCGACGUCGACGUCGUCUGGUGCCCAACCCGUUCGGCUCCAGACAUCCGGAGGCGCGACUUCGGGCUCACCGAGGCUCUGCAACCGUGGCUCCUCUCGGUCGAGAUGAGGUCCAGCAGAAACAGAUUAAAGGUGCGGCAGACGCGGUUUCCGGCGGUGGCCGAGAGGCUGAGAAAAGCAUUAACUGUUCUGAUGGUCUUCUUGAGUCCGAGAAGGCGUCAUCUGUCUCUCUGCCUCGAGACUUGGAUGCGGUUCUCAAGUCGACCGGAGCUGUGCGACAGAUUGCCGCGGGUCAAUUGGUGCAGCCGAGCGGAGAAGAGAGGCAGGGGGACAAUCAGGGCUGCACGCCAUUGGAGACCGCGUCCCAUGAGGGUACAGAUGUUGCAGGAGAUGUCGACCGAGGAGACAGGCCGGAGGAGGCGGAGUUGCAGCAAGUCGAGCAGUCGGCUUCCACUUCGCUACACAGAAAUUCCGAAAAUGCUCAUGACCAUGACAACCCAUCGGUUGAUGCUAACAACGAGGCUGAUAGAAUGUGCAAUGGGUCUGACAAUAUGACGAUGGAGGAUGGAGAGACAAGUGAGCACAAAAGUGCAACGCCAGAGGAAGGAGAGAAAAUGAGUGGAAAAAUGAGAAAAGAGGUAGACGAACCGAAAGCAGAAGUGGAUGACUAUUCGUCAACACCCGAAACGAACUCAAUUGCUGGAAUGUUCCCGCUUCAACAUUUCAACUUUCAGUAUGCUCGUCUAUGCGCCAGUUCUGAAAGUGAGUCACGCCAAAUUGAGAUUUGUUUUGAUGUUGGUUCUAGUCUUGUGUCCUGCGCUAAAGUAUUCAUGAUGAUUUCCGGCAGCAUACCGCUUACUCGGUACAUUUCAAGUCAUCAUCACGAAUACAAUGACAGAAGACGCAGAACUAGUUACCUUCUAAAACGUCUCCCUGUCGCCCGACCAAGUUUACGAAACGAGGUCAGAACAUAA